AGGGAGCCGCGGAGGACGCGAGUGGGGAAAGGGCGGAGGGGGCGAAGUCCACGGAAACAAUUAGCGCUAAUUAACGGAGGGGGCGCCGCGGCACGGCGGGGAUUCGGUCAGGGGCUCGGGCCGGCGAGAGGAGGAGCAGCAGCAGCGGGGGGAGCGGUAGCGGCCGCCGCGGUCAGCGCAGGGGCGGCUGUUGCCCCCUGCCCGCCGCUCCCGCGCCCCUCCGGGCGCUGCCGCCGCCGCCCCGGGGCGCGAUGGCAGUUGGCGGCUGAAGGAGCCUCAGCGCCCCCCCCUGGACGAGCUAAUGAUAAAGUAAUGGAAUCCAAAGAAUUGCUUAACUCGUCAGAUCAAGACGAAACAAGGAAAAAUGCGCUCAUCAGUACCAAAGCAGGGAUCGUGAUGGACUUUCAUCCACCCUUCAGGGGUGGAGCUUCUGUACAAGCCCCUGUGUCUGCAUCUCCUCUCCCCACGUCUUCUCAGUCAGAUUCCAGUCAGCAACCUGCUUUAGCUGACUUUUCAAAAGGAUUAGUAAACAAUGUGCCUCAGCCAGACCUUUCCAAGGCAGUAUCGCUCUCGAUGGGACUGUACAUGGGUGAAACAGACUCCAAAGUGAUGGGAAACGACCUCGGAUUUUCGCAGCAGGGCCAAAUCGGCAUCUCCUCUGGAGAAACGGACUUCAGGCUCCUGGAAGAGAGUAUUGCGAGCUUGAACAAGUCCUCGAGCCUGGCCGAGGACGCGAAGGGAGCAGGAUCUUCUGAGGCACCGCUGGAGCUGGAUUUCCCAGGCAUGGCUGGCCGCAGCGUCCCUUUAGAGUCAGGAACUGCAGUCCCAAGCCAGGUUGGCUCGAAUGGUGGCAACUUGAAAAUAUUCUCUGAAGACCAAAGCACCCUGGAUAUUCUCCAGGAUUUAGAAUUGCCACCGGUAUCGCCUGGCAAAGAGCCCAAUGGGAGCCCGUGGAGGCUCGACCCAUUGCUGGAUGACGGGGGCUUACUGUCCCCUAUAUCUGCAGAUGAUGCAUUUCUCCUGGAAGGAGGUCUUGGUGAAGACUGCAAACCUCCUAUUUUAUCUGACACUAAACCUAAAAUUAAUGACUGUGGUGACCUUUUACCCAGUUCCAAAAUGCCAAUGCCUCAAGUGAAAACAGAAAAGGAAGACUUCAUUGAACUCUGUACUCCUGGCAUAAAGCAAGAAAACAUGGGCCCAAUGUAUUGUCAGGCAAACUUCCCUGGGUCUAAUCUGCUGGGUACUAAGGUCUCUGCCAUAUCUAUCCAUGGUGUCAGUACCUCUGGAGGACAGAUGUAUCACUAUGAUUUGAAUACUGCAUCGCUCUCUCAGCAGCAGGAUCAGAAACCAAUCUUUAAUAUCAUUCCAUCUCUUCCUGCCGGUUCCGAAAAUUGGAAUAGGCGCCAGGGAUCAGGGGAUGAGACGUUGGCUCCUUUGGGAACGCUCAACCUUUCUGGCAGACCUGCUUUCUCCAAUGGCUAUUCAAGCCCUGGAAUGAGAUCAGAUGUAAGCUCUUCUCCCUCCACAACCUCAGCAACUACGGGACCACCUCCCAAGCUUUGCCUGGUUUGCUCUGAUGAGGCCUCUGGGUGCCAUUAUGGAGUUCUCACUUGUGGCAGCUGCAAAGUGUUCUUCAAAAGAGCUGUGGAAGGGCAGCACAACUAUCUGUGUGCUGGGAGAAAUGAUUGCAUUAUUGACAAAAUCCGGAGGAAGAACUGCCCCGCGUGCCGCUACCGGAAGUGUCUGCAGGCUGGCAUGAACCUGGAAGCUCGGAAAACAAAGAAGAAGAUCAAAGGAAUGCAGCCGGCAGGCGCGGCAGGAGCGCGGGACGCGCCGGAGGGGCCCGGGAACAAGAGCAUGGUGCCCGCCUCGCUGCCGCAGCUGACGCCCACGCUGGUGUCCCUGCUGGAGGUGAUCGAGCCCGAGGUGCUGUACUCGGGCUACGACAGCACCCUGCCCGACUCCAGCUGGCGCAUCCUCUCCACCCUCAACAUGCUGGGGGGAAGGCAGGUGGUGGCUGCCGUCAAGUGGGCCAAGGCCAUUCCAGGUUUCCGAAAUUUACAUCUGGAUGACCAAAUGACCCUGCUGCAGUACUCGUGGAUGUUCCUGAUGGCUUUUGCUUUAGGAUGGAGAUCAUACAAGCAAUCCAAUGGAAAUCUCCUGUGCUUUGCACCAGAUCUGAUUAUUAAUGAGCAGAGAAUGAAUCUCCCCUGUAUGUAUGAACAAUGCAAACACAUGCUUAUGGUUGCCCGAGAGCUCUCCCGGCUUCAAGUCUCCUACGAAGAAUAUCUCUGCAUGAAAACCUUGCUUCUCCUCUCCACAAUUCCCAAGGAAGGCCUGAAGAGUCAGUCUUUGUUUGAGGAAAUCCGUAUGACCUACAUUAAAGAGCUGGGAAAGGCCAUAGUGAAGAGAGAAGGGAACUCCAGCCAGAACUGGCAGCGGUUUUAUCAGCUGACCAAACUGUUGGACUCUAUGCAUGAUGUGGUUGAAAAUCUUCUGAGCUUUUGCUUCCAGACAUUUUUGGAUAAAUCCAUGAGUAUUGAGUUCCCAGAAAUGUUGGCAGAAAUCAUCAGCAAUCAGAUACCAAAAUAUUCAAAUGGAAAUAUCAAGAAGCUCUUAUUUCAUCAGAAGUGACUGCCUUAAUACAAAAGGGUUGCCUUAAGAAAACGUCAAGUGAUAGCUUUUCUUUUUUUUUUUUGUAAAGGAAAAACCUAACAGACUUGUUCAUUUUGUCCUUGCCCCGGUGUUUCUUUUGUACUUAUGCACUACAUGUGGUUUACAGAGGGCCAAGACUUAGGCUAUAGAAGCAGCGGAUUUCUCACAUUUGGUGAAAAAUGGGGGAGAAAGGAAAAUAGAUCUUACUUGUUAGAAAUUCUGGGUCUCCCCUCGAGCAACAUCCAUGGAUGCAUCAAAACCACCAGUGACAAGAUCUGAGGCUGUGUCUGAACAUUCUGCUGAUCAGUUCCUGCAGUUGGCUGGAGACAAUUUCCUAGGCUUUUUGUUUUCCUUUUUUUUUUUUUUUCUUUUUUUAAGUAAAGUGUUUUGGAUUUUUUUUUUUUAAAGUUAAAGUAGCAUUUUGGUUUAUGCAUGUAACCUGAAGAAAGUUUACAAGUGUAUAUCAGAAAAGGGAAGUUGUGCCUUUUAUAGCUAUUACUGUCUGGUUUUAGCAAUUUCCUUUAACUUUAUAUACCGUGAACUAGGCUUGUUCAUUUUUUCUUACAUAAUUUUUUUGUAAUACUUCAAGAUGCCUAUUGUACAGCUGGUUUUUUAAGGUGGGGCAGCUCGUAGCUUUCCUAAAUGACCUCUAGACAUUAAUCCUUGAGUAUAUUCGUGUGAAAAUGGGUUGGGCUUUUCUAACCUGAUAGCUUUCAACUGUCAAAAUGACCUUAGAAAUUUGGCAUUUUUUAAGGGCCAGGGUGGGUGGGAGAACACUCUCAAAAUCUAAUUUAAAUAGAUGCAAAUGAAACAAUUCUUUUGGUAUAUGUGCAAAAGUGUUGGAUAUGCAGAUUCUUAGCAAACGAACCCAGUCCUAACUGGAUGUAAAUGAGCAGGUUAUUUUAUAUAUUGAAAAAAAAAAAAAAAAGCCUGAUUUUUGCAUAUAAUGCAACAGCCAUAACGAGAAGAGUCAUGGGCUGCAUUGAUGCCAAGAAGAUCAGUCCUGACUGCCCAUCAGGAAAUUUUCAGGAAAAUAUGCAUAGCUUAAGAAAAGUUUACUUCUGUGUGGAGAAACUCACAUUUUCUAUACACUUAAAUCUCUCAUCAUACAAGUGUUUGGGGAAAAGACACCAUGGACUUACGAGGCAGACGUGUAAUUAUGCCCAGUGCUUUGGUUUUGUCCCGUUUCCUUGUCUUGGUUCCAGACUCUCUUCCUCGGGGAGACGCCGCGCGCUGCCCGCCCAGAUCUCGGGGUGCACAGACUCCAGCCCGGCGUGGGCAGAGCCCCGUUUUCCCACCUGCACUUCCCAAGCCCCUGGUUCACCCCCUUUCCUGGAGAGCAGGAAAGCUCCGCUACUGAUUUCGUGGUCUUAGAGUCGUAUGUCCAACGUUCUGUCUUUGUAAGGCUGCAUCCCUUCCUCCGGAGCUCCUGGCGUGCCAUACAAUUCCCACAGGUCUUGUGAAUUUCUCCGUGUUGCCAUUGAGAACUGUAUUUUAAAACGUUUAGAAGCUGUAGUAGCCUUUUCUACGUGCACCUUAAGAAUUUUCUGUAUCUCAAAAUUUAAAUAUUUACGAAGCCACUCUAAAAUUUGAUUUUUACUCCAAGUGGCCAGAUGAUUUGUGUAAUAGAAAUGAGAAAGAUCAUCUGAUAAAAUACAAAACCUAAUAUAUUUUUAUAUUUAGUUAUAGUUUCAAAUAUGUAUAAUCGGUAUAUUUGCUGAUUUGAGAAAAGAAGGGAAGGGCUACUGCAGCUUUAAAAGCAAUUUAUUAAAUGAUUGUAAAAUAGCUUGUAUAGUGUAUAAUAAGGAUGAUUUUUAGAUGACAGAUUGCUUUAUCAUGAUACAUGUAAUUAUAUUUUUUGUAGGGGUCACAGAUGUGCUGGAUGGUAACCCACACAGGGGUGGUUUGUCUGCAGGUAGUGCUGAAGGCCUCGGUGUUCCCUAUCCAAAGAAGUACUCUGUGUAGAAAGGAAAACCUGUGUUCAGUGGCUGUUGUAGGGUCAGUUUUGUGUUUAGCCAAUCACUGUGUAAAAAUGCAAGUGGGAGCUUGGGUGGAAGACUCCUAUCUGUAUGGGUGGUUACCAGGCACAGCUCCAUCAGACCCCUGCUGCAAACAGUGUGAGCCAGGCAGGCGUGCACCUCUGAACAGACGGGGUUAAUUUCACAUACAGCCCCGCAGACCACAGCAAAAGCAGCUUAAAAAAAUCUGGCAAUAAUACACAUAGAGGUACCAGCAAUAUGUAAAUACGGAGCAUAGGUUGUUCACAAUACACUAGCACAUUUCUACUGUUCAGCAAGAGUUUGUUUCCAAGUGAGAUAGGAAACUAAAUUUUCAUCCUUUCUUAAAUCUCUUUUUGAAUGUUACACCUAUUAAAAAAGAUACUAUAUUCAGUACUUUGGAGUAAAGUACCAUCUUUAAUUAAAAAAAAAAAAAAAAAGGUAAUAAUUCUCUUCUCUUUGAAUGAUCUGUAAAGAAUAUGUACAUUUUGUAACAGUUAAGGUAAAGUUCAGUAUUUUAAUUACAACUUUCAGCCCAACUCAAUGAAAAUAUUCCCGUGACCUGUUGAGAUACAGAUAGGAGUUUCAUACCAGUUGGUUUCAGGUGGGCUCUUCAGUUAACAGGAAAACUGUUCUUGCUUUGGAGAAUGUUUUUAAGAGUUGCAUCCCCGGAUACCUCAAUUGGAGCUUGUGUGAAGGAGCGUGUGAGCGUGGGUGAGUCUGUGUACACCGAGACACAAAACUUCUUCUUUUGCCAGCUAGAAAGGAACUACAGUGAACACGAACAAAUUACCACCACCCUGAGAGAACUGGUAUCAUAGGAGGAGAGGCUCUCUACCCCCUUCUUGUCUAUCUGCCUGUAUAUUCAUUUUUAGUUGAUGGAUUCAAGGAAAAAAAAAAAAAGGAAACUGUGAUGUUAGAAGAAAGCAAUUGUCCUGUGCGUGCUGUUCGGUUUUAAACUUCACAACUAGAAAUCUGUAGUGCUUUAGUAAGCAGUGAGGAGUCCGUGUUCUGUGUAUCCGUAGUCCUUGUAGCAGUGGGUAGUAUCUGCACUCUGGAUAAAGCAGGGAGAAUUCUGACUUUGUCUCUUCAGUGCCUUAUCACAAAGUGCAUCGAGCGAGGGACGGCGCCGCCGGCAGCGCCCGCUGCCCGAGGACUGGGAAUGGCCUUAGUGGGAGAGGGCAGGGAGCGAGGUGUGGUGGGAGCUGUGGCAGGGAGGGCGGAGGGAGGGAGGGGCUGGGGAAAGGUGCCAAGGGGAGCCGGAAAGUGACCUUGCCAUUUUCACAGAAAAAGGUAGAAAACAGGAGGAAGUGCCUGGAUGAACGUAAGCUCAAUCCUGUUUCCCGCAGUCGAACUUCAGCGAGUGAGGACUUCAGGGUCAUACCUUACGAGAUUUUUACAAGAUUGUAUGUAUUAUGUACUAGUUGAACUCUCAUCUGCAGUCCAGUCUGCAGCCAGGUGUUGCUGAGCCAUCCGUGUUACAUAGGAACCAAAUUUUCAGGAAAGGAUUCCGACCUCUUUCCAACGGUGAGAGGCACUUUGGUGACGGGCUGUGUGUAUGAAAAUAUCCCCCCACCUCCAAACUAACUCGUGUAACAGCAGAGUCAGCGAUGUGUCAUUAUUCUAUUUUGUAUAUUAAAGGAAAGAUAUAUGCUGGGGACAAAUCCUAUAUCAUACCGGUGUAUGGCAUUAUUAAAAAAAAAAAAAUCAUUAUUUUUAUCACAGUAAUUUUAAACAGCAUAAAGAAAUUAAACCAGUGACUCCUGUUUAAAAAUAAAAGUUGUAGUUUUUUAUUCAUGCUGAAUAAUUCUGUAGUAACGAGUCUGUAGUUUUCACCUACUCAGUGAAAUGUUGGACUGUAAAAGCUUGUGUGGAAUUGUUGAACAUUUAUUUUUUCAUUUAAAUUUGCUGUUCUGGUAAUACAAAGCCACACAUUGUACAGAGGUUGCAGUAAAUGUGAGCCAUUUACAGCAAUGCCGAAUAAUGGACAGAAACCAUAUAAUAAAAUUCUGCUUUUUUCAUUAAA